AUGUUUUCCAAUUCAAAAUUGCAAACGCCCAAACCUGCAAUCUUCGGGAAUCGGUUUUUCCAUCACGGAUUCAUCGAUACAAAUCUCUCGUUUAGCCGCCGGUACACUCUCCGGCAAGCUCCGUCGGCAUUGCGAUUCGCGAAGGGUUCGGAUUCAAACGCAUCUCCUUCUCCCUCGUACUCGAAUCCGCAGGAAUCUUCCGACUCUUCUCGCCUGACGUCGUCCGUAGGACAGCCUCCGCUCCAACUCUCUCAAUGGACACUCACGAAGAAACACUUCGUCUUGCUCAACGUCGUCGCAUGCGUAACAGCAAUUUCAGCAUCGUGGCUUUUCCUUGCUGCAAUUCCUACUCUACUGGCUUUCAAGAAAGCAGCAGAGUCUGUUGAAAAGCUUCUGGAUGUAACCAGAGAAGAGCUACCAGAUACAAUGGCUGCCAUUCGCUUGUCGGGAAUGGAGAUCAGUGACUUAACAAUGGAGCUCAGUGAUUUAGGGCAAGGCAUCACUCAGGGUGUUAAAAGCUCAACACGGGCCAUUCGCGUAGCCGAAGAUAGACUAAGACGGUUAACAAACACGAAUCCAGCUUCAAUGCAGGAGGUGAUGCAUCAAAGCAAGACAGAGAAAACAGAGCCAAUGGUAGCUAAAACAGCGAGGAGGUUAAAGGAAGGUAUCGUUAAGGGGCGUUCUUUAUGGCAACUGUUCUUCACAAUCACUCGGUUCUCCAAAAUCGCCACAAGUUAUCUUGGAAAACGAGCUAAGCAGUAG